AUGACGUCUCUCCAAAACCCCAAAACCCUUCCACCACCACCACCGUUAUCCCCUCCGGUCAUCUAUUUCGAGAACUUCCCGGAACAAUGGUUCUUUUCUGACCUACAGCGAGCUUUUGCCAAGUAUUUCAUUCAGGGACGGGUUACGUUAGCUCGUAAGAAGAAUCGAGCGAAUAAGAGAUUUGGGUUUUUGCAUAUGGAACCAAAUCAGGAUGUCAGGGAUACUCUUUAUCGCUUGAAUAAUGUUUUUAUAGGCUCAUGGAGGAUUCGUGCGUUUAUUUCCAAAUACCCACAAGCAAACCCAAACCCUAAACCUACAACCUCAGCUCCAAUUGUUACUAGGGUUCCGAAACAGAUCAUUCAUCAUUCUAUUAGGGAUUCUAGAUCGUACGUUGACGUGGUUAACAGAACAGCGAUUGCAUAUACCUCUCCUUUGGAUGUUGGAAAAUUACAGAAGACCUCGGUUAUUGUUACGCUCAAACAUAUUACAGAUGUGCUUCAUGUUGGGUCUUAUUUGCAGAAUAGAGGGAUUGGUUUUGAGUCUUAUUCGCUCCUUGGCGGUUUUCAAGUUCUUCUGAAUUUCUUCAAUCAUGAUGACCAGAUGCAAUUUAUGAAGAUAUUUCCCACGCUUGCAGAGUUCUUCGUUUUGGUAUCUCCAUGGAAUGGAUUUUUCACCUCAGGACAACGCUUUGUUUGGAUUUCCUUCACUGGAAUUCCAUUGAUAGCAUGGGAUGAAGGAUUUUUCACUUUGUUGGGAAAUCAUUUUGGUAAUACUAUUUCUGUUCGUCCGUUGGUUUCGAGCAAAGAGCGUAUGGACUCCGGGUCUGUUUUGAUUUCUACUUCUGAAACACAUAUAGAAUGUGAUUUUUACGUGAAGGUUAACAAUAAGGAGGUUCCCAUUCAUGCCUCAGAAUCAGAUAUUCCUAUUUCGCUAGACAUUAUGGAAGAGGACUCUUCAGAAUAUACUUCUGAUUCUGAAGGAAAUUCUCUUAGCAAGAAAUCUGGAGAUGAUGAGCGACUCCUUUCUGUUUUGGCAGGAGAAUCAGAUGUGCAAGCUGGUGAUACGAGAUCUAAGGAGCUUCCUUCAAUCCAGAAUUCCAGUAGGUCUUCUGACGUAACCCCAAAAGGAUCCCUCCAUACCUGUACGCAAAACACAUAUGAUAUUGCAGCAGCUUCAGAUGGCUUAAUUAAAGGGUGUAACAAACAGAUCCAAUCUGUUUCGCUGAUUGAGGAAACAGCUGAUAUGAAAGCGCAGAAGACAUGGGCAGUGGGAUUACAGAUGGGUAUUUUCUCGCCUAAUAAUGAACAAGCAAUUAUUAGUCUUCUAUCUCAAGGGAUUUUAGGAGGGUUAUCCUUUUCUAGAAAACAGAGAAUUAUUCGUUCGUUUGUUAGCAAACAUGCUCUUUCUCUUGUUGGUCUUAUCGAAACAAAGAAAGAAAUUAUUGAUGAUUUUCUUUCUUCUCGGCUUUGGCCAAAUGGGGAUUAUUGCUUUUGUUUUUCGCCGUCUUCGGGAGCUUCAGGAGGUCUAUUAUGCUUAUGGGACAAGAGGGUUCUAACAGCUUGUUCAAUUAUUACCGAUUCUCGCUGGAUUUGUAUUGACUUUCAGUUUUACUCGACUGUUUUCAGAUUUAUCCUUGUUUAUGGAUGCUCUUUAGCUGCUGAAAGGAUCUCAUUAUGGGACAAUCUAGCUCCUUACUUAUCCUCUGGGGGUCCUUGUAUUCUGGUGGGAGAUUUUAACGAAAUACUUCAGCCGUCUGAAAGAUUAAACUGCAAUGCUUAUUCGGCCAGUAUGGUUCAGUUUGCUGAAUUUAUUCAGUCGUCUAAUUUGGUGGAGGCAACUCUUCAUGGUCGUUUUUUUUACUUGUUUUUUUCCUCUUGGCCUAAUCUGUCUCUUCAAGCCUUAUCGAGGAAUUUUUCAGAUCAUUGCCCGAUUUUAUUUAGAUCUGCAGUUCAUGUUGAUUGGGUUGGAAGGAUAUUUCGGCUGCUUUUUCCUAAUGCCAACCUUGUUAUAAAGCUAAGGGAACUAAGAAAGCGUAUCAAAAAUUCUAUUAAUGACUUGGAAGGAUCGGAAGAUGUUAGAUCUUUGUCGGACAUUGAGAUUUCUCUUUUAGCUUCUCUGCGUAAUGAUUUUAAUUCGGUCUCUAGUCAGAUUGAAUCUUUGUGGCUUCAAAAAUCUAGGCUUAACUGGAGUCUCUUCGGCGAUAAGAACUCUAAAUUUUUCCAUACAGCAGCUGUAGUACACUCUCGGAGUAAUCGGAUAACGAGUAUUACUGUCCAUAAUCAUUGUUACUCAAAGCCAGAAGAUGUCAAACACCAUGUUCAUUUAUUCUACAAGAAUUUAUACAGCCGCCAUUCUUCUUCGCCUUACUCUCUUGACUCUUUGGACAUUCGCCAACUUUCUGAUGUUCAGGCUGCCGAUCUGUGCAACUCUUUUUCCGAAGAGGAAAUUUUUUCGACUCUCUCUGGUUGUGAUGAAAAUAAAGCCCCGGGUCCGAAUGGUUUUAAUUAUUUUUUCUACAAAAGAGCUUGGCCUAUUCUGAAACAAGAUUUGAUGGAUCUUUUCGGCACUUUUCAUAGUUCAAGUACCUUCCCCGCGGGUCUGAAUACUGCAUUUCUGGUGCUCAUUCCAAAGUUGGCAGGCGCUUCAGAUGUUACUGAUUUCAGACCUAUUAGUUUGAUCAACGGCAUCUUUAAACUUCUAUCCAAAGCUCUAUCGAACAGGUUAGCUCCGCUCCUCCCUUUAAUUAUCUCUGAAAACCAAUUUGGUUUUAUUAAAGGUAGGAGCAUCCAUGAUUGUCACAUGAUUGCUUUCGAGUUGAUUCACUUGGCUCAUCGUCGUAGAGAUCAGAUGUUUCUUAUUAAGCUCGAUUUUAAAAAAGCAUUUGACUCAAUCUCAUGGGAUUUUAUUCUUAAAAUGCUUGUCAAGAUGAAUUUUAGCACCACUUGGAUAAAAUGGAUAGCGUCCUUCUUUGAUUCGGCUCAACUUUCGGUUUUAAUUAAUGGAAGUCCUAGUCAAAAUUUUAAGAUGGAAAGAGGAGUUCGGCAGGGCGAUCCAUUGUCUCCGAUGCUUUUUGUCCUUGCGGUGGAGGGCCAUAAAGCUAUGCUUUCAAAGGCUGUUGAAAUUAAUUUAAUUGAUGGAAUUUUGGUUGAUGGGUAUUCGGAGCCAGUUUCUAUUCUACAAUUUGCUAAUGACACUUUGUUGUUCUUGCCUAAUGAUUUGGAGAUGGUGAACAAUCUCCUUCGGAUUUUAAGAUGUUUUGAGUUGGUUUCCGGGUUACAAAUCAAUUUUCAAAAGUCUGCAAUCAUCGGUAUUUAUGUUGAUAACACUUCUUUAGAAUCCGCUUCUUCUAUUCUUGGCUGCAAGAUCGAUUCAUUGCCUAUUACCUAUCUUGGUUUACCAUCGUCUCUGAAACCGGUAAAAGAAAAUUUAUGGAACCCAGUUGUUUGUAAUUUUUCAUCUCGUUUGGCUACUUGGAAGUGUAACCUAUUAUCUCCGGCGGGUCGUCUCAUCUUGAUAAAGUCGGUGCUUAGUAGUCUUCCGGUCUAUUUUCUGGGUUCGCUUCGUAUUCCUCAAUCGGUUGUCCAAAAUUUAGAGCGAUUGAUGCGUAGAUUUCUUUGGAGUGGCAAUGUUCAAAGUUCGGGCUUUAGCAAAGUAGCGUGGAAAGAUGUGUGUAUUCCUUUCGAGGGUGGGCGUCUGGGUAUUACUCCUUUGAGGAUUAAGAACCAAAGUCUUCUCACUAAAUGGAUUUGGAAAAUUAUGACGGUUACUCGCUCUUCUCUUUGGUUUAUGGUCGUAACUUGUAGCAAUGGCUUCUCUCGUUGGUUCGAGCUUCAAAUGGCAGAUUCUCGCCAUCUUUCACACAUUUGGCGCGACAUUUUUGUUGUCUGCAUUCGUAAUCAGUUCAGUUUGGUUUCUAAAGUCUUCAACAGUUCUCAGCGUGCUUUUGCUUUUAACUGGCGUAGACGUUUGCGUGUUGGGGAAGCAGCUCAGUUGGAAGAUUUACAGCAGCUAUUAUCAGGUAUUGUCCCUUCUUCUCUCAUUCAAGAUCAGUUUUUCUGGCUGGGGAAUCAGAUUUACUCUCCGGCAAGUAUGGUGAAGGCCCUCUCUUCAUCUUCCAUUCUGUCAUCGUCAGCUCGGCUAACUAAGUCAGGCUAUUUUUGGAGAUUUAAAAUUCCUCCUCGGAUCUUGUUCUUCAUGUGGUUACUAUGUAGAGAUAGAAUUUCUUCCAAUAUGAUCUUGGUUAGAAGGGGUGUUCUUAAUCAGGAUUUUUCUUCAUGCUUGGCUUGUCGGGAAGCAGAAACAAGCUUGCAUAUAAUUCUUCACUGCAAUGUUGCGAUUCAAACGUGGAAUAUUAUUCACAGGCGAUGUAAUCUUCUUUGGGCAGCUCCUCCUUCAAUCUUCAACUUCUUUGAUUACUGGUGCUCAAUUGCUAAUAGAAGACACAUUAAUCUUUGGAGAACACUUUGGUUUUUCUUGGGCGUGGCUUAUUACAAAGACAUUAAUAAGGGUUUUGUUUAUACCGGGAAUGAUGUUCUUUCCAAUCUUCAUUUCUUCUGUCAUAAUGUUGGUAUAUGCAUCGGCACUGGAUUUAUCUACCGAUUUAUAGGUUCUAAAAUCGAUAUAGCACUUAUUGUCGGAUUUACAGGUUUAGGAUUUUAUUGUUUGGUGAUUCUGUUUUUUGCAACAUAUUCCAUUAGUGGAUAUUUGAAGAAGAAAAAACUAUUGGAUGCUCAAAGGCGUCCUGUACCCGCUCAGAAUCAGAGGCUGCAAAUUGAAAACAGGGUUUAG